UGGUUAACUGUGACAUUGAAAUAUGCAGUACCCAAGCAACCUCGUUAUUAUCAGAGGUCAUCGUAAUUUUUCUGGUUAGUCGAAAGUCAUUAUUGGACUUACCUGCUCUUUAGUGCUUAUUUUGUGGUUGACUACUUUGGCAGAAAUACAACUUUGUAAAGUAAACGGGACGGACAGAUGGACAGACGGACAGACGAACAGACAGACAGACGGAAACGGGAAACCUAUUUCUUCGUACUGUAGGGGUCAUGAAAGGUUGAGAAAAUGUAAAAGUGGAGAGUCAGUCGACGGAGUCGAUUACGAUACUUCCUUUGCUUACGCUCAAGAAGUAAAAUUGUAAACGACCAAGUUCAGAAUCGAACACACUACCGCACGCCGUACCGCUUCGCCGCAGGUCUCGUUGGUUCCGAUUUAGCCACUGCGCCACGUGGACUUCUGUCCGGGAUUGAAAUGUUGGUUAUUACCCUAUUAAUGGUAUAUAUUUCCUACGUCACACAUAUUUUGCCAUAUCCAGAGGCCAACCCGCUGGUGUACACAAGAUAUGGACCUAUCAUAGGUUUAACGCAAUUUUCAAGAAAUAAAAGAGAAUAUAUGUCAUUUCGAGGUAUACCUUACGCAAAACCGCCCUUAGGAAACUUAAGAUUUAAGGCACCAGAACCAGUUGAACCAUGGACUUUUGCUAUUAAUGCAACAAGAGAUGCACCAUAUUGUAUACAAAAAAAUUAUUUCUUUGCUAACCCCCGCGUGGAAGGAAGUGAAGAUUGUUUGUACUUAAAUAUUUAUAUUCCAAAAACUGAGAAUAACCAUUUACUGCCAGUCAUGAUUUUUAUCCAUUGGGGAGGAUUUUUCGCUGGUCGUGGAUCAAGUGACACAAUAGGCCCAGAAUAUAUUAUGGACAAAGACGUUAUUUUAGUAACAUUUAAUUACCGUUUAGGAGUCUUCGGUUUUUUCUCAACUUUAGACGAUGCCGCUCCCGGAAAUUUUGGACUAAAAGAUCAAACAAUGGCUUUGAAAUUUGUUUAUGAGAACAUUGAAUGUUUUGGAGGAGAUAAAAAUCGAAUAACAUUAUCUGGACAAAGCGCAGGAAGUGGUAGUGUCAGCCUUCACUUAAUAAGUCCCCUAUCUAAAGGUUUAUUUCAACAGGCAAUUAGCCAAAGUGGUGCUGCUUUAAAUUUAUGGGCCAAACCAAUAAAUGCCCUGCAGCCAAAUAUAACGGCCGCACUUGCUGUAUUUACAGGUUGUACUAAUUAUUUAGGCAAUAAUAUUAAACUUGUUAACUGCCUUAGAGAAGUUGAAGCAACUGCACUUGCAGAAACUGCAGAUAAAUUUAAGUAUUUCUCAAUUGAACCUCUUACUCCAUAUACUAUUGUUACCGAAAUCACAUCAGAUUCUAAUCCUAAUCCAUUUCUUACUAAAGACCCAUUAGAAUAUUUACAAGCAGGGGAAUUCAUGAAAAUCCCAUGGAUAAUUGGCACUACACAAGAUGAAGGAAUUCUUCGUGUUUCCCAAUUAACAAGGCAGCCAGAAAUUUUAAAAACACUGAAUGCUAAUUUCAGCAGUCUAAUACCUCAAAUUCUGGGUCUUCAACUGAGCGUUGGAUUAAAUACAAGUCAGCUUUAUCAGAAUAUCAUUAAUUUUUAUUUAGGAGGCGACGCAUUCGUAGAUGUUUCUAACCCAAGGAGCAUCCAAGGUUUUAUAGACCUGUAUUCGGACAGAGCAUUUAUUUAUGGGAUUUAUCAGUCCAUUGUUCUACAAUCUAGAAAAGGUCAUAAACCCAUAUGGGUGUACAAUUUUGAUUAUAAAGGAAGAUUUACAUAUGGCGACUUAUUUGCAGCUACACCAAAUAACAUAAAUUUCAAGUGGGGUGUUAGUCACUGCGACGAUUUACUAUACCUUUUUAGAUCACCAGCACUUUUUCCAGAUUUAGACGAAGCCAUGGAUCUUCAUAUGAGUGAUAGUUUGUUAGCAUUAUGGACAAAUUUUAUUAUUUAUGGAGACCCAGACCCACUCCAAGUAAUUAAAUGGAGAAGUCAAUCACUAGAUAAUACAGAUCACGUUAAAAACAUAGAUUUAAUUGUUUUAAACAUAACAGGAAGUUAUGAUACCAACAUUAUAGAAUACAAAAUUCAAAAUGGUUUUAAUGCAGAGAGAAUACAAUUUUGGAUUCACCAAAACUUAGCUGAAAACUUCCCAGAACUGAGUUGAUUUAAUUUAUUAAGCAUUUUUUUAAUAUAAAACUAUUUUAAUAAAACUUCCUUACAAUUAUUACAAAGAGUAUCUUUACAAUCCAUGUAAUAUUGUAACGAAGCGAAUAUUUUCGCGGGCAGGAAACCGGGACGCAUAGCGAGAGAAUCGGGGACGAAUCCGCGAUCGCCGCGCCGAAAACGAACGGCACUUCCCACUUCGCGAUAAAGCAUAAGCAUAAAGGUGAAAAAAAGGAAAAUCUGUGAAAUUUGAUGUGGAAGUUGAAAAGCGCAGAACCCAAAGUUGAGACCGACCACCGUAAGUACCGUUUUGGGUUUUCUGCCUGUCUGCGAACCGUUUUUGACUCGCCAUCCCCGAGCGAAAAACCCUACCGCCGUCACCACUUCUUUCUAUAAACCGUUGAGCACGCUUCGUUUUCCGUCGCCGCGCUCCCCUCCCAUGUCGCUGUACCGGCCCUGCGCGACUUCCCGUUCCGAAGUUGCCGCCCCCAAGACCAGGAACUCGUCCUGAAGGAAGCCGCCGUCCAGGAGGGAACGGCCGUGUCGGACAUCUUGUUCUUUUUUUUUUGUUUGUUAAACCGAAUUGUAAUUGUAUUUUUUCAAAAAGGCAGCGCAAAAAAUAUUGUAUGAUACUCGUGUGAAAACUCCAUUGCAUUACUCACCUACAUACAGCGCUCGAUUGCGUCUCGCGCCGUAUUCCCAUUCGUAAAGCAAUGGACCGUUUUCAACACUUGUAACAUAAAUACGUAACUAUUAAGAUUAGCCGUAAUUUUAACCGUGUAGCUGGUGGCAGAGAAUAGAAACUCGAUUUAUUAUUAGAAAAA